CUGCUGCAAAGAUGGCUGGACGCAGCAGCAGCGGCGGCGGCGGCAACGGAUCCGCUUCCCAGAGGAGCGACAUCCCCGAGUACGAGACGCCGGAGCUGAACACGCGUCUUUUGCACGUGGGAACCUUCGGGGAUCUCUGGAAGGAGCGGCUGCGCGAGGCGGAGCUCUCCCUGCAGCCCAAGGCGCCCGCAGACGAGGAUGAUGCGGCGCUGGUGCCGGAGCUGGGCUGCACGCCGGAGGUCGCGGCCGAGCUGAGGGCCGUGUGCAGAAUUGAUGCACUCAAAGGUUCUGGGAAAGAAGACACAGAAGUCAUACCCGAAGACACCAGCUUAAUAACUCUUAGGAUUAGACAGAAGGCUCUGACGAGGCGGAAAGAGACGAUCACCGUCGAUCGGGCAUGCAGACAGGAAACGUUUAUUUACGAGAUGGAGUCCCAAGCAAUUGGAAAGAGGCCAAAGGAUCCAGAAAACUUAGUCAAGGAGGGAGAGCUGCUUUUAACCCUGAAUAUUUUCUACCCUGUUAUAUUACAGAAGCAUAAGCUGCGCAAGCCCUAUCAGACCAUGUUGGUUCUAGGCAGCCAGAAACUUACAGAGCUGAGAGACUCCAUUUCCUGCGUUAGUGACUUUCAGAUUGGCGGGGAGUUCAGCAGCCAUCCUGAUCAGGCCCCAGAAAACAUCAGCAAGGACCUUUACAAGUCUGCCUUCUUUUAUUUUGAAGGCGUUUUUUACGACGACCGGAGGUACCCUGAGUGCAGCGACUUAAGCAGGACCAUCAUUGAGUGGGCAGAAUCUCGUGAAAGAGGCUAUGAGAAUCUUCAGGCCGCUAAAAUGGAAGACUUCACAUUUAAUGACUUGAACAUCAAAAUAGGUUUCCCGUACCUUUACUGUCACCAAGGAGACUGUGAGCACAUUGUCAUCAUCACAGAUAUCAGGCUUAUUCAUCGGGAUGACUGCCUAGAUAGGAGCCUCUAUCCCUUGUUAACCAAGAAACACUGGCUUUGGACCAAGAAAUGCUUUGUGUGCAAGAUGUACACAGCAAGGUGGGUGACCAAUGACGACAGCCUUGCUCCAGAAGACCCCUCUUUCUUCUGUGAUGUCUGCUUCCGAAUGCUGCACUACGAUGCCGAGGGCAAAAAAUUAGGAGAGUUCCUUGCUUAUCCCUAUGUUGAUCCAGGGAUUUUUAACUAAGGCUUUGUCAAGGAGGAAGAUAACAGGCGGUGUGUUGUGGUGACGUGCUUCUGUAGCUGCUGAGUGCUGUACUUAAAACAGCGGCCGUUGUCCUUUUCAGCUGGUGGUUACCAUUAGAAUUGCUGCUCAACCUGGAAGAAUCUACAUC